AUGGCCAGCCAGCAGCUCACCAGCAAUCUCCAGGAUGAAGUGAUCUGCUCAAUCUGCAUGGACACCCUUCAGGAGCCUGUCACCACUGACUGCGGACACACUUUCUGCCUCAGAUGCAUCUCUCAGGUUGGAAGCUCAUCAGAUGAGCUUCUCAAAUGUCCCCUGUGCCAGAAGUUUGUGCAGAGGAGCACAAUCAGGCCCAACUGGCUGGUGGUCAACCUGGUGGAGAGAAUCCAAGCUAUUGAUCCCUCUGAGAUCCAACCAGAAGAGAGAGAGAUGAGAUGUCCAAAGCAUGGAGAAAAGAUCCAUUACUUCUGUGAGCAAGAUGGGGAAUUCCUCUGUGUUGUGUGCCGGGACUCCAAGGACCACCGAUCCCAUAAUCCCAGCUUGAUAGAAGAAGCUGCCCAGAAUUAUCAGGGGCAGAUUCAAUCAAAGUUGGAAGUCUUGCUGCAAAAGGAGAAGGAAAUAAUACUAGAGAAGAUAAAAGGUGAACAUAAAAAUGAUUUCUUCCUGAACCAGGUGAGGCUGGAGAAGCAAAGGAUCAAGCAACAUUUCAGAUUCCUGCGGCAGAGCCUAGAAAAGGAAGAGAAUUUCUUCCUGGCCAGGCUUCACUGGCUAGAGAUGGAAGGAGCCAAGGGGAAGAAGUUCUAUUCCAUUUCUACCCAGGCACAGCUGAACUCGCUUGAGAAGCUCAUCAAGUCCCUGAAAAACAAGCAGCAAAUGCAGCCCAGACAGCUGCUGGAGGACAUCAAAACUCUCCUGUCCAGGAGCAACGUAUUUCAAUUUCUCAACCCAACCCCAGUUCCUGAGGGGCUGGAGAAAAAAUUCAACGAAGCAAAAUCCAGUCACAAUGUCAUCACAGAGAACUUGAGAAAAUUCAAAGAAAACCUACAGACUGAAAAGAAGAAAGAUGAAGCCAGAUUCCUCAAAGGCCUGGAUGAAAAGGACAAGAAGAGCUUUGCUGUGACCCUGGACGCUGACACUGCUCAUCCAGACCUCAGCCUCUCUCUGGAUCUAAAGACAGUGACACUAGACUUUAUCCCCCAGAGUGAUUCAGCUGAGCCCACGAAUCCCAAAUGCUUCUAUCCUUUCCGCUGCGUUCUGGGUUUACCAGGUUUUUCCAUGGGCCGCCAGGCCUGGGAGGUGGAAAUCCAAGGGCCCAGGGGUGGGGCCUCUGUGGUGGGCGUGGCCUCGGAACUGGUACCACGGAGGGGCCACUUGCGUCUGGAACCUUUGUUGGGCUUCUGGGCUCUGCGCAUCUUUGGCUCAACGUGCCAAGCGCUCAUCGAGAAUUGUACCCGAAAGGAUCUGCCAGUCUGUCCAAGGAAAGUGGGUGUCCUUGUGGAUUACAACGACGGGAAGAUCAUCUUCUAUGAUGCCACCAACAACAAUCACAUUUACACCUUCCAAGCCUCCUUUCCCGGGCCGAUCUUUCCUUUUCUCCGGCUCCUGUUACCAGGCACCCAGGUCACCCUGAGUCCCUAG